AGGAAGUCGAUUACAACUUUUUUGUUUAAAUGUGGACGCUCCUCAAAUAUAAUUAGUAACGUCUGGAUUACCACUACACCUCUAGAUUGGGAGCUGGACAAACCGCGAAAAUGGGGCAAAUUCACGCAAAGGAAAUUACAUCCGAGGAGAGACCUACGCUGGAUGAGGAGGACCCAGCCUUACACAAACAUGUCUUUGAUGGAAAUAAUCCAGUCAAAGUUGAGCAUGUCCACAUAGAUGGCUUAGGUCGAACCAAAGAUGACCUUGUGAUACGUCACAUGAAAGAUGUCCUUCAGGCCAAGACCUUCAAAGAGGUCAUCCAGAGGACAGGAGAGGCAAAGGUCAAACUGGAAGGUCUCGGGGUCUUCAAGUCUGUUGGUGUCUUCAUCGAUACAAGCAAAGGAGACGGUUCCAGUGCCAAAGGCUUAGACGUAACCUUCAACGUGAAGGAGACUCGACGAUUGACAGGCAGCGCCCAUACUGCAGUGGGAAAUAAUGAAGGCAGUCUGGUCCUUGGGGCUAAGUUGCCUAAUACGUUUGGCCGAGCUGAGAGUUUAGUUGCAGAGUACUCCAGAGGAACCAAACACUCAUCAGGUUUUAAUGUGAUGCUGGUUAAACCCAUCGGACAAGAAUUUGAUAAGAGGUUAAGAGGUUCGGUGUUCAAGUCUUCAGCCGAUUAUGCCCCCAGCUCUUACCGUGAAACGGGCCGAGGUGUCACUCUAGACUUUACUUUCCCAAGCUUUGUAGGUAUGUCUGAGUUGCAGUGGGAGGGUGUAUGGAGGGAGCUAUCUUGCCUGACAAGAACCGCUUCCUUCGCUACCAGAGAGCAAUCUGGCCACUCCUUGAAAUCAUCUCUAAAGCACACACUCACCAGAGACACGCGAGAUGAGAGGAUUUACCCUUCGGAGGGCUACCUCCUGAAGCUGUCCCAAGAGGUGGCCGGAUACACGGGAGGGGACGUCAAGUUCUGGAAAGAACAAAUCCAACUCCAAGUCAACAAAUCGCUCUUCUGGAACUGUGUACUAUCAGGUAGUCUCCAGGGUGGGGUCAUGAAGGGGAUUUCGGACACAGAGGUACGCCUUAAUGAUCGCUUCUUCGUGGGAGGGCCUACAACUGUCAGAGGUUUCAACAUACAUGGACUCGGUCCUCACACACAAGGUGACUACCAGGGUGGGGAAGCCUUUUGGGCAGGAGCCCUUCAUCUCUACACCCCUCUACCGUUCAUCAAGGCAGGGCGGGGCGGCUUUGGCGAUGUCUUCAGAACUCAUUUCUUUGUCAAUGCAGGCAACCUUACCACAUUAGAUACAAAUAAUAUGUUUGCGUGGGAGGAUCAUCUGCAGAAGCUGAGGCAGAACUUCAGGUGGAGCUACGGAGCGGGUCUGGUCCUAAGGAUCGGGUCCAUCGCCAGGUUUGAGCUCAAUUACUGCAUGCCACAAGCAGCUCAAGCAACCGAUAGCAUCUGCCAAGGUUUACAGUUCGGCAUUGGCGUCAACUUCUUAUGAUAGGCAGACAUCAUCCAAUGAGCAUGCUUGCUGAAGGUCAUGUGACAUGUUUUUUUGCUGAAAUGUAGCAGAUGAGCUUCAAAUCGUCACUCACCAAAGGAACACUUUAUUUGCAAAUUUUCUUGUCUGAGGUUCCCGGUAUUCAAAUAGUGCAUGAAUCGUUCCCCUUAUUUAAUUGUUACUGUUCAAUUUAGGUUCUUAAAGAGACCUUUGAGCGCGCUUAUCACAACUGUCUCUCUAAAAUACACUAUGGUCUGUAUUCUACUAAUUGAAAUAACCCAGAGCCUCGGUCUAAGAUAACGUUCAACAAAGAAAACAUUUUACCUCGGACUAAUUUCCUUUGUUACACCCAAGUUUGGACAAAAUCUCACAUGUAAUCCAGCAUCAGGUUUAGGUUUUAGUAGAAUGUGGGCCCGGAGUUGAAGGUUGUUAGAGAAAACGUGGUCUGCAGAGGAUCAAAGAUUAUUAAUAGGGAGUGGGAGGGAAAGAAGUUUGUGUGAACGUGUACCAUUCAGGUGAAAAUUUGAGCUCCGGUUCCAUGCCCUGUUUAUGUGUGUUCAUGAGUCUACUCAUCAAGACAGUUCACUGGGAGAUUUAUUUUUAAACUGCAAUAUCUCUUUGUUAAAGAAAUAUUAGAAGCUCAUAGCAACAUGGAUCCCCUACAUCAAAAACAAAUCAGCGAGAAGGAAUGUCUUUUUGUAAAGAUGUACAUGUUUGAUAACAUUUUGAAAACUGAAUCAUGACAAGGUUUUUCUUUAGCCUUAAUCAUGUCAUUUUUACAUAAUACCCACAUUGAAUUCAGGAAAGAUAAUUGGGCUUUGUAUUGGCAUCGUCUGAAAAUGAAACAAGAAUCAUUGUACAAUGUACUUUAGCAAAAUGCUCAGAUGCCUACAGAAAUUGGGGUUUUCCUGUAUUAAGCCCAUGUAAAUAAAAAAGAAUACCAGGUUUGUAUUUGAUGUUAAGUCCAUGUUGAAGAUGGAUUAUCUUACGUGCAUGGUGGUAGAAUGAUGAUACAGCAACGAAGCAUUCAACAAAUUCUUGCAACAUUUCAGUGCUUGGAAGGGUGUCUCACGGUUCCUUGAAAAGUCCUGGGGCCAUAUUCAAUUCAUUUUGCAGACUAAGCCAGUAUUGAUUUUGUUGUAGCAUUUAGCUUGGCGAAGUAAAAUGUCAUACCGUGAAUUCAUAUAACAUCUAAGCAUUUUACUUAUUAAAGCAGGCCACCUUUAUGGCCAAAAAAUGUGACUUCACGUGGUCAAUCCAAAAUAAUGUGUGAUAUUGAAGUAAUCACAUUAAAUACGUUCUGAUAUAAUUGUACCCAGCUUAUAAUGACUGCGUACAGUGUAUAAAAACCAUAAACUUGGACAUGCCAGUUAAAAUCAAGGCCUCAACAAUUAUUGGCCUUUGUCUGCUAGGGAGCUGUUUUAAACUGAAGGUAAAAUACUUAGCCACAAGCUUCAAAGGAAAACCAAAUUUGGCUCAGUAUUUUAUUUACCGUAAGCCAAAAACUGAAUAAAAUUUUAAUAUAUCUAGCACAAGUAUUGAUCUUGAAUAUUGGCCCUGGACCGUAAAUGCAUGACUGAUAGGAGUUUUAGAAGGUGGGACAGGACUUUCUUUACUUGAUUGCAGAAUAUUUUCUGUGCAGUUUUGCCCUCUCUGUCACAAUUUUUGUGCUCACUAGAUUUUAAAUCUAGUGAAAUUUAUUUGUAUAUUGAAAAUGAACUAUGAUGUUGAAUUUCCUCCAGGGAGGUUAUAUUAAAAUCAUGUUUUAUCUUGAA